GGCUCAGACACGGAUAACUCCAUUUUGGAAAACAGCUGUUUGAAGACACAACCUUUUUCUCGUUGUUUGCAGACGGUACCCUGAGAAAAACACCCAGGCUUUUUAACACACACACACACACACACAGACACACACCUCUGGUCACCACGGUGUUUUUGUCCCCAGCUCGGCUUGCUUGCUUCAUUUUUGUCCGACUGCCAGGAAACUUAACUGGGGGAUCCAUGGUGUUACAUUUCCAUUGUAACAAGUGGAUAACAGGAGGCGACCGGACCAAGAGGACUUAAGCUCCUCCGUUUUUAGCUCCUGACUUCCCCGUGAGGAGAAAAUGAGUGCCAUCACCCCGGCCUUCAGUGUGUCAUGUACCGGAGAGGAGAGGCUUUCUGAUGCACAAAGAGACUGCAGACUGCUGCGAGAGGCUCAGGUGUAAUGAGAGCGCUGGUCAUGGACAGAUGAUGGACGUGGAGACGUCGUACUCGGACUUCAUCAACUGUGAUCGCACAGGCCGCAGGAACGCAGUACCCGACAUCGCAGGUGAAGGGGAAGGGGAAGGGGAAAGAGAAGGAGCGGCCAGCACCAGUGAACUCACCAAAGAUCUGGCAGAGAUGGACCUGAAGGCUGCAGAAGGAGACCCGGGGGCCUCCCCAGCCCCUGAGGCAGAGGGCUCCACCAGCCAAGAUGCCCAGGGAGGUGGAGGCCCAUCCUAAACUCAGCCAGAGACCAAAGGGCGGCAGAGCCAAGAAGUGAAACGUAGAGAGUAGCGAAUGUGGAGAGAAAUGAAAUGGAGAGUGUAUAUUGGUUGUCCGAACCGGACACGAGGACACCUUCGCUCACUGCCGGCCUGUUUGGAGCUUCAGAGGCCCAAAUGUUCGCCUUUUCAUUGGAUCAGAUUGUAACGUGCGGAGCAGAACUGACAAUUUGAGAUGCUGCUCUUUUGCUUCACUCUCUGUUAGUCAUUUAUAUUCCUGACCGGACAAGAAAGCACACAGAAAACUUUGGAUUUAUGUCUGUGGAGAUGAAGUGAGCUGAACAGAAUUCAUUUGUAACACUCAAAACAUUGUUCCAGCCCAGGAUGGAACUGUGUCACGGAGGGCGUUUUCAUAAUCAUCUGUUUGUCAUUUUCUUUCUAUGUAUGCGUGCGUCGUCAUUUUUUAGUAACAAAAUAUAGUCGCCAUUAUACUGUCGUGUACGGACUUCAUAUUUAUUGCUUAAUGUUCAGUGAUAACUUUGUGAUAGCAAACUUUCUUUGUGUAAUAAAAUACUUAUGAAUUACUGUUACAUUUGUAUUUUAUGUUUUUCGAGCGUGAUUAGCUUUUCACAGGAGGCAAUUGGCAGGAUUCUGUCGAACACAGCAGGUAUAUGAGCUGUAGCGGUGCCAAGUCAGAUGGGAUUAAUGAGUCUAGUUCGCUGAGUUGUUCCAGAGCCAUAAAUAUUAUUGAAUGCAGCUUUUGUGUACAUUAUCGUGGCUGCAGGAAGUUAGUAUUUACAUUUCCACCGAGCAUGUUCCCAGUGCUCCCAUUUAUUUCUUUACAUGUAAAACGGGAUCAGGACAGAGCAGUUUAUCUGUAGAGCUGUAGUUUGUUGCAAUUUCUCUUAGUGUCAGAUUUAAGUUAAUUCCCUAUAAUGAAAAUACAUAUAAGUACUGGUUUAUAAAAAGUACAGUAGUGUACUGUAGAUUAUCAUCUUAAAGAAACAAGCUGACAUGCACAAACAUUUCAUUAUAGCCUUUAUUAUGUUGAAAGAUACCUUUCAUAACUGCCAUAAAUGUGUAUAACUGGAAGUGCUCUUUUUAGGUAGUGAAAUGGAAAUGCAAUGUUUUAAAUAAAUAUAUAGUUCAAAAGAAUUGAGUAAUAAUGCCCAGUCGGUACACUGUGGUUUGUCCAUUUAGGUGACUGUAGUGCGCCCCCUGGUGUAUUAAUGUGAGACUACACUUUUGGUAUUGAGCCGUUUAACCUUUUGUUACGUGUUUAAGGCAGAAAGCACGUGUUUCUGACACUUGAUUCAAUUACUCCUCCCUUAAACAAAACUAUGGAUAUUCACAGUACGCCAUAUUUACCCCGUAAGUAGCAAAUCUUCAAUCCUUUCCCCUCCGUUACAUGCUGACAAAGUGUUCAAACUGAGUCAUUGUGCAUCAACAGCUUUCCUGAUUCUGUUCAUAACAGGAUGUAAACGCAAGAUGAAGAAUGUAUCCAGAGGUUUCAUAUAAACACAAAAACAAUUUGCUUGCCCGUAUUUUUAACACCUUGCAAAGCACCAUGACAUCCUCUGGAAACUGAGCUGUGAACUAAAGUAUUAAAAGGUAUCCAAGUACUUGGAUGGAAUACUGACAAGAUGAUGUACAAAUAUGUGAGGUGAAGGCAGCAGCCAUAUGAUAAACGGCAUAUUUCAAAUACUAUUCUGUAGGUUUUAUGUCUGGUUACAAAUUAGGAAAAGACAUUCCGCUGUGUCAGGUGGGUGAGAUAAAGGUUUGUCCCUGGGUUAGGUCCCGCUUCCUCCUCAGACUUCUUCAUCAGGUUUAAAAGGCAGUCGACCUGACCAUCCCAUACGCCUCGUACAGUCUGUGGACGAGCUCUUUCUUCUCCGUCUCAGGCAGGAAGCAUGACUUUGCAGAACUGAUGUUCUACGAGACACAAGAAGUCACUAAGGUGCAUAUUUAGUGUGCUUGAGUUCAAUUUUAAGGACUAGUUCAGCAAUUUGUGAAAUGCGCUUAUCCGCUGUCUUGCAAAGAGUGAGAUGAGAUGAUUCAUGCUGCUUGUACCAGCCAACGACCAGUUAGCUUAGCGUAGCCAGUCCAACCUUUCCCUUUAGUGCAAAAAUACUCAGUUACAAGUAAAAGUACGAAAGUAUUUACAUCAAAAUAUACUAAAAGUACCAAAGGUAAAAGCACUGACAAUUGUACUUUUCAGAAUAAUGUUUGUUAUAUUAUAUCCAUUGAUUCAUUAAUGUGUUCAUCACUUAUUGUAGACGCUGUAAAUGUGGAUCUGAUUUUGUCAUAUUUAGAUUACAAUGAAUAGGCCCUAUUUUCUGGGUUACAGCAUCACCCGGCACAUAGUAACGUUAUACGGCUAGUUUAAUAAAUAGCUAAAGUCAACGUCCGUUACUCCCACCUUAAAAAGUUGGAAUAAUUAUUCUGGUGUUCGGGAAAACAAUAUUUUUUCUUUUAAGUGUGUUGCACGAACCAUCCACAUAUCUGCCUCGAGAAAUCUCAGACAUAAAACUAUGCGGUUUCUGGGUGAGUGUAUGAACACGAUGAUUGGUGGUGAAAUUGGUUGCGAUGCAACGGGCACCGGUUCAAAUCUUCCCUAUAUUGCACCAAAUAGUUCAGGGCCAGCUCUGCUGACAAACAAGCUAUAACAUGGUAUCUAGUGAGCUUUAGAUGGGCUGGUGGACAGAUAUUGUUACAUUUAAACAGAGACAGGCUAGCUGUUUCCUCCUCUAUCAUUCUUCUCAUCUAACUCUUGGCAAGAAAGCAAAUUAGAGUCCAACAUGUAAAACUUUUUAUUUAAUGAUCAAUCCAUGUGCACAAUUCUUCACACACUGUGUAAAAUAGGUUAAUAAUUGUAAUUAUUAAUAGGAUUUGAGGCUUUGGAGAUUUUGUUCCUGCUUUAAUUAGCAACUGAUGAAGUUAUUACCAUGCACAGGGCAUCUACACCCCGUGCUAUGAUUUCAAAAUAUAUUCAAAUGCCUUCGUCUUGUGAACCACUGCUGUAAUUAUUCAUGCAUUUGAUCUCACCAGUCGUUUGAAUUCCUCCUCUGUGAAUCCCAUGUAUUUGUGCGCCGUGCUGUAGUCGAGGUGCAGGGUUGAGUUGAAGAUCAGUGGGUCGUCUGUAUUCAGGGAGUAGUUCGCUUUGUCCUUCCUGAACCUGCACGAAGAAAACGAGGAAAUCCAAACCAAAAAAUGAAUUCAGCCCCCAAUUCUACAUUAAUGCAGGUUAAUAACAAGGCCGUCAUGUACAAUAAACACAGCUCACGUGAUGACCGGAUGCUUGGUGAAGUCUGGGUCACAGGCACCUGUCAGCUUACUGGAAACAGGACACACCUGCAAUCCGAACAGCACAGGAAGCACUGAGAAACCUAAUUACAGCAGUCUUUCUUCUUCCAGCUGUGAUUCUGGAGGCUCCACUAGAGGUCAGCGUAUCACUGUGCUCCUACUGGUGGGUAUUGUAGUAAUGCAGUCAGCUAUGUUGCUAUAAUUACCUGAUAAAAUUAUCCCACUCUGCAAUGAUCAAAAUGAUUCUUGCAGAAAUCAAUAACCUGUGGUGUGAUGGUGAUAAUUCCUCACCUCAAAGUGCAUGUUCUGAGCCAGCAGGUUUUUGUACAGAACUUGGUCUUCCAGGGUUCUGUAACCGUGUCCAACCCGUUCAGCUUUCAGCACUUCUACCGCCUAAAGUAUAAAGACGGGUCAAGAGGCGAAAGGUUAUAAACCACAAAAACAAUCCUCCAUGUUGCACAUGUCAGCAGAAUUUGCAGGCUAUUUCUAGAGUUGCACUUCCAUCUGUUGUGGCAUAGCUGAUGAGCUGUCACUUUCAGGGAAGGCGUUAGAGUGGCCACUUAUUUAGGCAGUAAGACGUACUGUAGCUUUUCACUAAAGCAGUUUAAAUACAGCUGCUGAGAUGGACACAAAGAGUGAAAAAUGUUGUCGCAGUUAUGCAUCUACACAUGUAUUCGUAUGUGUUUGUGUAGCCCUUUGUGCAGUUGUUGUCCAGUCCACUUUCAGACACUCCCAAUCUGCUCCUUCGCCAACUUAAACCUUCAACUGGCCAACGUCUUGUUUCUUUUGGAUCUCUGCAUGCUAUAGCUGGUUUACUAAUUUAUAUUGUUUGUGCGUGACUUCAUUGUUUUGUUUAGUUCCUGAGAGAAUUCAGUUCUCAUAUGACACCCUGUUCAGAAAUGUCUCACGUCAUUGUUGAAUGGCUUACCUCCUUCACUACGGACGGGGGGCCCACUUCUCCUGCGUGAACUGUCCUGUGGAUCCCACAGCGCACCGCUUCCUGUCAACAAAAUCAAUCACAAACAUCUGGCUUUCACAUCUGCAGCUCUGCAGCACCUAGCGAGGCGCGGUUUAUCAUUUAGACAGUUUUAUUUGUGCACACUUGCUUUGUUUCGGAUGGAAAAGGAUGUUCUUUACUGGGAACUACAAUUAAAUGCACAAUGGCAUUGACAUUUUUACAGUAUGUGCACUUUGUCAUCUGCUUUCAUUUUAGCAUUCUUAACCUUGGAUACACUAAGUGUGGCUUGCUUAAUCUGCAGGUAUCUAGCGGUCAUGUAGCUAUGAAGAUUACCCUCAAUAUUAGCGUGGACUCUGCUCAGUGAGUUCUGCUUCUUGUUAAUAAUUGAAGUAUGAAAAUGACACAUACAAAAUCAUAAACUGGUAUGCAUACAACAUGAGGAAAGUAAACUGUACUUGAAUAAGUCGUACAAACAAACUCGCAUGAAAUUUCAUACACACACGUGCCAACCUGCAUGCACACAUACAAUCCUGAAUUAAAGAUGGUUGUAAAAAGCCUUUCAAUAAAAAAUACAUUUCAAGAGACUAUUUGAAAGAGGAUUGAUUUUGCAGAGUUAGUACAGUACAGUUUAAUUAUGGACAAAUCAUUUGAAUGGUAUGACGGCCUUAUUGAUGCUUGAUUGGUAAAGAGCUAAUCAACAAAAUAUGUGCAACCUUUGCAAAUCCUAUACUUUCAACUGGAUUAUUUUGAUUUUAUGGUCAUCUUGUGAAUUAUUGAUCAAUAAUUUCAGGCAGGGAGUGUAUGAAAAUAUUUUACACUUUCGUACCCACAAACUAUUGAAAGCCACCCACUGGAUGACUUUGGUAUGUUUGACAUCUUAAUAAUGAGUGACUUAGAGGCAACAGACUCAUAGAUGAAGAAUUUACAUUUUGUUUACUGUCCACCUUUGCACCUCUACACUAUUACUACAUCAACAUGCUUCACACAUACAGAAAUGUGUGAUAAUAAAUUCAACACAGCAAAUAAGCAGUAAC